CAACCUACCACCGCCCCUUUAAACCUCCGACAGUAAAACCCUUAACCCUAAAUUUUCCCAAUCUCCAUUUCCAAUUCGGUAGUAACCAAAACCCCUAAAUCUUCUUAAAACCACCUAGUCCCCUUCCGAAGCCCCCAUUUUCAUCACAACAGCAAACAGAAGGAAAAAGAGAAAAUGGAGGUGGAAACAGAGCAAGGAGAGACGGGGAAAAGCGUUAUGUGCGUAUUAACAGACCCGGAAGGGACCACCCUGGGAGGCACCAUGUACCUUCCCCAGAACGUCGGUCCUAUUCAGCUUCAACAGAUCGUCAAUACUCUCCUAAAAAAUGAGGAGAAGUUACCGUAUGCAUUUUAUAUAUCUAAUCAAGAGCUUCUUGUGCCGCUUGGAAAUUACUUGGAGAAGAAUAAAGUUUCCAUGGAGAAAACUCUGUCGAUAGUUUAUCAACCGCAGGCAGUUUUCAGGAUUCGUCCGGUUAAUCGGUGUUCAGCUACAAUUGCUGGUCAUACUGAAGCAGUACUUUCUGUUGCGUUUAGUCCUGAUGGACGACAGUUGGCAAGUGGCUCAGGUGAUACCACUGUCCGACUAUGGGACCUAAAUACCCAGACACCAAUGUUUACAUGCACAGGACAUAAAAACUGGGUUCUCUGUAUCGCAUGGUCACCUGAUGGUAAACAUCUUGUCAGUGGCAGCAAGUCUGGGGAACUACAAUGUUGGGACCCACAAACAGGGAAGCCUGCUGGCAAUCCACUGACUGGCCACAAGAAAUGGAUCACCGGUAUCUCAUGGGAACCUGUACAUCUAAAUGCUCCGUGCCGUCGCUUUGUAAGUGCGAGCAAAGAUGGUGAUGCCCGCAUAUGGGAUAUUUCCUUAAAGAAAUGUGUUAUUUGUCUCAGUGGCCACACACUUGCUGUAACUUGUGUGAAGUGGGGUGGAGAUGGGGUCAUAUAUACAGGGUCCCAGGAUUGUACUAUCAAAGUGUGGGAAACUUCACAAGGGAAGCUAAUUCGUGAAUUGAAGGGUCACGGGCAUUGGGUUAACUCCCUUGCAUUAAGCACAGAAUAUGUUCUUCGCACUGGAGCUUUUGAUCAUACUGGUAAACAAUAUUCAUCUCCGGAAGAAAUGAAGAAGGUUGCUCUAGAAAGAUACAACAAAAUGAAAGGUAAUGCCCCAGAGAGAUUGGUAUCAGGAUCUGAUGACUUUACCAUGUUCCUAUGGGAACCUGCUGUCAGCAAACACCACAAAGUUCGGAUGACCGGUCAUCAACAGCUUGUAAACCAUGUUUAUUUCUCACCUGAUGGGCAAUGGGUGGCUAGUGCGUCAUUUGAUAAAUCAGUCAAGCUAUGGAAUGGUACUACUGGAGAAUUUGUUGCUGCAUUCCGAGGUCAUGUUGGGCCUGUUUAUCAAAUCAGCUGGUCUGCAGAUAGCAGGCUUCUUUUAAGUGGAAGCAAAGACUCCACCUUGAAGGUUUGGGAUAUUCGAACAAAAAAAUUGAAACAAGACCUUCCAGGCCACGCAGAUGAGGUUUUUGCUGUUGAUUGGAGUCCAGACGGUGAGAAAGUUGCCUCAGGCGGUAAGGAUAGGGUGUUGAAGUUGUGGAUGGGCUAGAAGCCUACAGAUAAAUGGAGCCUAAAGAACAUAUCCCAUCAAGUUGAAAUAUAAACAUGUGGCGUUUGCAUCAAUGGCAACACCAUAUAUUUAUCUGAUACGAUCAGUGAUACGUGCAACUGCAAUGAACCAGGAUUGAUUGGUAGGAACCUUUAUGUGCGACAUUGCAGUUAUGCAGCCAUUUAUCAUGGUUUUCAGGAUUUCUGGGUGUAUAUCAAUAUAUACUAGCUGUACGAAACAUUGCAAACGGAUGUAAUAUCUUUUUUGAAGUGUAAAAUAGCCGAUUGCUAAGGUUGGCAAUUGACAAUUUUUUUA